AUGUUGACAUUGGCCCUGCGAAGGGUCGCCAUAGCCGUCGCGGCCGCGUGCUUGAUACGAGAUGGCGGUGCGGCACUGCUGUGCUCAAACUCGAGCACGGCAAUCAACGGGACGCCAUUCCCCCCUUUAAUCGAGGCAGACCUCGUGGACCUGGCAAGAGGCCUCGAGACGGGCCUGUUCACGAGCGUAGACCUUGUUACUGCUUACAUCACCCGCAUCAAGGAAGUCAGCUCGCCUCUCAAGAUGGUCACGCAGAUUAACCCGGAUGCCCUGGACAUUGCCGCCGAGAUGGACUCUGCGAGGGCGGCCGGGACUCACUACGGGCCUCUGCACGGCAUCCCCGUCCUCAUCAAGGACAAUAUCGCCACGGCUGACAAGAUGGACAACACGGCCGGCUCCUACGCCCUCGUUGGUGCAAAGAUUCCCGCCGACAGCACCAUGGCUGCCAAGCUGAGAAAGGCCGGGGCCAUCAUCCUCGGCAAGACGAACCUCUCCCAGUGGGCCAACUACCGCAGCUCCAACAGCAGCAACGGGUGGUCUGCAGUUGGCGGGCAGACGCAAGGGGCCUAUUACCCGAAACAAGACCCGUCCGGGUCGUCGUCCGGUAGCGGCGUGUCCAGCUCCCUUGGCCUCGCGUUUGCCAGCCUCGGGACCGAGACGGACGGCUCGAUCCUGUCGCCGUCCAACAUGAACAACCUGGUGGGGAUAAAGCCGUCGGUAGGACUCACGUCGCGGUACCUCGUGGUGCCUAUUUCCGAGCACCAAGACACAGUCGGGCCGAUGGCGCGGUCGGUGAGGGACGCCGCGUACCUCCUCUCGGCAAUCGCGGGGCCAGACCCCAACGACAACUACACAUCGGCGAUCCCUUUCGAGAAGAUCCCGAACUACGUCAAAGCCUGCGACUACUUCGCCCUGGCCGGCAAGCGCAUUGGCGUGCCGCGCAACCUGGUGCGGUCGGUCACCCUCGCGCCGAUCCAGGCCGAGUUCGACGCUGCUCUCGGCGUGCUCCGCGGGGCCGGCGCAACCGUCGUCGACGACCUCGAGCUGCCGGGAUACGAGGCCGUCAACGCCGGCGACUACGAGGACAACGUGCUCAUGUCCGACUUCAUCACGAACCUCGCAGGGUACGUGUCGAAGCUGGGCUCCAACCCCAACAACAUCACCUCAGUUGCCUCGCUGCAAGCCUUUACGCAGUCCAGCCCGCUGGAAGACUGGCCGGAGCGCGACACGCUUAUCUGGGAGGCCGCGCUGAACCUGACGCACGGCAACGAGUCGCCGCUGUUCUGGGGUAACUACACGGCGCAGCGGUACUUUGCCGGCCCGCUAGGCAUUACCGGGGCGCUCCAGAACUACAGCCUGGACGCGCUAGUGGUGCCGACGGCCGUCGCGUCGGGGCUGCCGGCGCUGAUCGGGUCGCCCGUCAUCACGGUGCCGCUAGGCAAGCUACCAGCCAACACGACGGUGACGAGGAACCGGUUUGGCAACCUGGUGGCCAGGGCGCCGAACCAACCGUUUGGGAUCAGCUUCAUGGGCGGCCACUUCUCGGAGGAGACGCUGAUUGGCAUCGCCUAUGCGUUUGAGCAGCGCACGCUGGUGCGCAACACCAUCACGCCCUACCUCCUGCCCAAGACGGAGCUGGCCGAUGUGGUGGCCAAGCGAAGCGGCGCCGCGAAACGGUGA